AUGAGAGAAAUUGUACAUCUUCAAGUUGGUCAAUGUGGAAAUCAAAUAGGUGCAAAAUUUUGGGAAGUCAUUUCUGAUGAGCAUGGUGUCGAUCCCAUUGGAACAUAUCACGGUGAUUCAGAUUUACAAUUGGAACGAAUUAAUGUUUACUUUAAUGAGGCAACAGGUGGAAAAUAUGUGCCACGAGCAAUAUUAGUUGAUUUGGAACCAGGAACAAUGGAUGCGGUUCGCGCCGGUCCCUAUGGACCAUUGUUUCGUCCAGAUAAUUUUGUCUUUGGUCAUACGGGAUCGGGAAAUAAUUGGGCCAAAGGACAUUACACGGAAGGUGCCGAAAUCGUUGACGCUGUUCUAGAUGUUGUGCGAAAAGAAGCAGAAGCUUGCGAUUGUCUCCAAGGAUUUCAGUUAACACAAUCGCUCGGAGGUGGAUGCGGAAGCGGUUUAGGAACAUUAUUGAUUGCUAAAAUCCGUGAAGAAUAUCCAGAUCGAAUUAUGUGCACAUAUUCUAUUGUACCAUCACCCAAAGUUUCCGAUACCGUCGUUGAACCGUACAAUUGUGUGUUAUCUACUCAUCAACUAUUAGAAAAUUCGGAUGAAACAUAUUGUAUUGACAAUGAAGCAUUGUACGAUAUUUGUUUUCGUACGUUGAGACUGACAACGCCCACAUAUGGUGAUCUUAAUCACUUAGUGUCAGCUUCCAUGUGUGGCACUACAACAUGUUUAAGAUUUCCUGGUCAAUUAAAUGCCGAUUUACGAAAAUUAGCCACAAAUAUGGUACCGUUUCCUCGAUUACAUUUUUUUAUUCCUGGUUUUGCUCCGUUAACAUCGCGUGGCAAUCAACCAUAUCGCGCUAUCACCGUUCCAGAUCUCGUACAACAAGUAUUUGAUGCUAAAAAUUUGAUGGCUGCCUGUGAUCCGAGACAUGGAAAAUAUUUGACAGCGGCCGUCAUUUUCCGAGGUCGAAUGUCGAUGAGAGAAGUAGAAGAACAAAUAUUGAAUGUACAACAGAAAAAUAGUAGCUAUUUUGCCGAAUGGACGGCAAUGAUCGCUUUAUGGAAACGCGUAGCUGAACAAUUUACAGCAAUGUUUCGUCGUAAAGCAUUUCUACAUUGGUAUACAGGUGAAGGAAUGGAUGAAAUGGAAUUCACAGAAGCCGAAUCAAACCUUAAUGAUCUUGUAGCAGAAUAUCAACAAUAUCAAGAAGCUGGAGUAGAAGAAGAAGAAAUAGGAGAGGCCGAAGAGGAAAAUUGA